AUGCAUCUCCUCAGCAUCCUCACCCUCUUCGCCAGCCUAGCCACAGCCAUCCCACUAUCUGCAAGUCCCUACAAAAACCCAGACACUUGCCCAGCACCACCCGCAAACCCUGGCGUCUUCUUCUGCCUCGGUCACAACUUCAAAGGCAACUGCUUCCAUCAGCCCUACACCAACAACGGCUGGUGCGGCAACUUCCCCGACUUUGAGUCGCGGCCACGCUCCGUUGGGCCUGACCUAGGCGGCUACUGCAUCUUCUUCAACAAAACCGGUUGUGGGACAUGGGAUGAGGCUGUGGAUGUUUGGAAGGGUUCGAAUGAGAAUAGAUCUCUUGAGUGCCCUGGUAUGUCGGAUACGGGGAAGCCGGAUUGGUUCAUGAGUGUGCAGUGUUUUGGAGAGCAGAAGCCACCGGCGGAGGAGGAGGGAAAUCCGUCGGGCGGAGAGUGGAAAGGUAACGAGGGGUUGAGGGCUCCGGGGGAGAGAUGA